GUUACUGAGAGAGAAGAAGCGGAGUGAAGACGCUCUCCUGUGCUGAUGGUGGUGUUGUGUCUCCUCAGACAUGCAGUCCUGCAGCGUCCAUCACUGUGUCCUGUUCUUACUCACAUUCACACUCACCACUGAUCCUGGAUCAGCUGCUAGCUUUCCUUUUUAUGCGACGCUUCAUCAGUCUGUGACUCUCCCAUGUGAAGCUCAGUGUUCUGGUCGGGCCAAAUGGGCCUUGGACAGUAAUCGAGACGUCGUCUUCGCUCAGUGUGAUCAGACAUCAUGUACAUCAGUGCAGAAGGGGUUUAACAUGUCUUAUGAUCAGUUUAAGAAGGGAGAUCUCUCUCUCACCAUCACUAAUCCUGAUUACAGUAUGAGGAAGACGUACACGUGUGAGUGUGAUUACUCAGACUACGUUACUGUGAACCUCAGAAUCUCCCCCGUGUCCUCAGCAGUUCAGAUGCGUCCUGGUGAAGAUCUGAAGCUGGAUGUGUCCGUACCAGAACCAGUGGAGGUGAUUUAUAGAAGCAGAGACUCAGCUGAUGAUGUACAGAUCUGCACUGUGACUGACAGAACACUACAGUGUAAAUCUGAAUACACACCCAGAACAUCACUCAGUUACCCAGAGCUCACACUGAGACACAUGGAGAGAAGUGAGAGUGGAACUUACACCAUCCGGAACCUGGACUAUAAAGAAGACAUCCGUGUGUAUGAUGUCUCUGUGUCACACACGUCCCUGUUUGAAGCUGUACCCCACUGGGCCAUUAGGGUGAUGGCAAUGCUGGCUGCGUUUGUGGUGAUGUUCUGUGCCAUGUGGCUGUGGUUUAUUAAUAGAGUCUACUGUAACUGUUAUAACCACUUUAGUUCAGAACCCUGA